GAGCGGGCGCCUCACAGGCUGCGGCCGAGCGGCGGCUCCGCCCUGCCCAGCCAUGGACUACGCGGGGCUCGCUGAGGCGGCGGCGGCCAAAAUCGGGCUGUACCGGCGGGACCCCGGCGGCUGGCGGGGCUGCCGGAGCACGAGCGAGGUUGUGCUGUCGUGGAGACCCUCGGCUGAGUUCAACGGCAACGUGUACAGGGCAGAGGGGACCGUGCCCGCCUGCCCGGAGGAUGUCUGGGAGUGCAUAAAACCGGUGGCCGGCGGGCUGAGGACCAAGUGGGACCAGAACGUGAAGGACUUCGAGGUUGUGGAAACCGUCAGUGAUGCUGUCUCUGUAUGCAGAACCACAACCCCUUCGGCUUUCAUGAGGAUUAUUUCACCAAGAGAAUUUGUGGAUGUGGUCCUAAUGAAGCAAUAUGAGGAUGGGACAAUGCUAUCUGCUGCCACCAAUGUGGAACACCCACAGUGUCCUCCUCAACCAAAUUUUGUGAGAGGGUUUAAUUAUCCCUGUGGCUGUUUCUGUAUACCUCUUCCAGGGGAACCAGACAAGACUCAACUCCUCAGUUUCUUUCAGACAGAUCUUGGUGGCUAUCUUCCCCAGACGGUGGUGGAUUCCUUCUUUCCAGCUAGCAUAGCUGGAUUUUACAGCAAUCUGACCAAAGCCGUUAAGGCAUUAAAAGCAUGACAAGACUAAAUGUUGGCAUCACCAGCUGAGGGUAGGAAAGAACUGGUAGCUUGAGGGUAGAAAUCAUGGGAAAUAUGAAGCUGACCUAUAGCCAUUUUUUUUAACCAGCAAAGAUACUUGGGAAACAUGAAAUGGGAAGAAUGGAUUGAGCAAAGUACAUUUCUAAAACAGCAUUUUCUGCCUGUCUAUUCAAAGCAACGCAUACUUUUCUAAUAAGCUCUCCUUCAUUUUCGUAAUUAGAGGAAUGUCAUAACAGAGGCUGGAAGAAUCCUAGAGGCAGCACUGCUGGCUGGUUGCAGGGAGAAGAUGUGUAUACUAGAACUCUUCUUUCUCAUUGCCUAAGAGGAGGAGCAUCACUAAAAUCCACUUAGCAUUACCAGUAUUAGUCAGGUGCAAGUGAGCCCUGUUUUGUCUCUGAAGCUCCUUGUAGACUCCUGCAGAACAAUGUUCCUUCCCCAAAUGAAGAGGUAGCUCUUCUGCUGCCAGCCCUCAUAGAGCUGCUAAGAUGUUCCAGUGAGACCAGGCUAGUAAGAUUUAAAAGUCAGAAUUGAUUGGAUUUUUUUGUAGGAUCUACUUUUUUGUUCCCACAGAUAACAAACAGGUAGUCUUCAUGGUAAAUAUAUCAUAGGUGCUUCUUUUCCUAAAUCAAGAUCUAGCAGUGCAAAUCAAUUCAUAGGUCUGUUGGUUGACACAUAGACACUCCUCUUUCCUUCCCUCUACCAAAACCGGUGAUUUCCGUAAUGUCAUGAACCAAACUGCACUGACACAGGGGCAAUAAAUAAUGAGCAUUAAGCACUUUACAUGCUAUUUUUUAACUGCACUUGUAAUGAUCAUGUAUUUUAAACAUUUUACCGUUUUUUGUGGUGAGAGGUCUUAAGGGGUAAAUAAUCUUUUCUGUAGCUCAGUAGUGACUUGACAGCCUAUAAGGACGUUUCUUUCUGUCUAAGACUGGUUUACCUCACAGCACUAUCUUGGGAAAUCAGCUCCUGAUCUAGUGUGUAGUGAUGUGUGCAGCUUUUGAAAAUAUUUAUGCUUCUGGUUACUGCAGGAGUGUCAGACAUUAUUAUGGUUACAUAUAAUUACAAAAGGAAAAUAAAUUGCUGUAUUAGAAAUUUAAAUGUAGGUUGUGAUUUUAAUGCUGUAAUUUGGUUAUUUAACAAGGUUAUUAUGCUUUGCUGUUCUGUAUUUGUUUUAUAUUUAGUAUGGGGUAUAGAUUUGCAUACAAAGUUUUCCACUGUAAUUUUCACCCUGUGGAAUAGAUUUUUAAAGGAAGCAAUUUUUAAUCUAGUCUCUUUUGCAAAGAAAGAUGUAAAAAUCUGUACAAGUGUGAUGAAAUAAAUAUUUUUUUGCUGUC